AUGGGCCUCCUGGCGAGGCUGCGGAAGGAAUGGUUCAUCAUCGGGAUAGUGCUGGUCAUCUUAUCGGCCAAACUGCAGCCAAGCUUCGGCGUCAAAGGAGGUCCAUUGAAGCCAGAGAUCACGGUCGCGUACGUCGCCGUCUCGCUCAUCUUCUUCAACAGCGGCCUUUCACUGAAAACAGAGGAGUUGACCAGCGCUUUGCUUCACGUUCGGCUUCAUCUGUUUGUUCAGUCGUUCACACUGAUCUUCUUCCCGCUGGCCGUGUGGCUGCUGCUCAAAGUGCUCGCACUGACCGCCAUCGACCAAUGGCUGCUCAGAGGGUUACAGACGGUGGGCUGCAUGCCGCCUCCAGUCUCCUCUGCUGUUAUUCUCACCAAAGCUGUCGGAGGCAACGAGGCUGCUGCCAUCUUCAACUCAGCAUUUGGAAGCUUCCUGGGAAUCGUAGUGACUCCAGUGCUGCUGCUGCUGUUUCUUGGCUCUUCCUCCUCCGUUCCCUUCACCUCCAUCUUCUCUCAGCUCUUCAUGACGGUUGUGGUGCCUCUGAUCCUGGGUCAGGUGUGUCGAGGUUUCCUCAGGGAGUAUCUGGAGCGGAGAAAGCCUCCGUUCGGCGCCAUCAGCAGCGCCGUCCUCCUCAUGAUCAUCUACACCACCUUCUGUGACACCUUCAGUAACCCCAACAUCGAGCUGGACCCCACAAGCCUGCUGCUGGUCGUCCUCAUCAUUUUCUCCAUCCAGCUCAGCUUCAUGCUGCUCACGUUUGCCUUUUCUACCAGGUCGGGCUCAGGAUUCAGCCCUGCGGACACAGUCGCCAUCGUGUUCUGCUCUACACACAAGUCACUCACUCUGGGUAUCCCCAUGUUGAAGAUCGUGUUUGAAGGCUACGAGCAUCUCUCUCUGAUCUCGGUCCCUCUGUUGAUCUAUCACCCGGCUCAGAUCCUGCUCGGCUCCGUCCUCGUGCCGACCAUCCGCAGCUGGAUGACCAGCCGGCAGAAGUCUAGUCUGUUGUUGCGAUAGGGCCGCAUGCCAACACUGCUGCCCCGAGCGGUGAAACUAACAGCCCUGCAGCCCAUCUGACGAGGAUGAAAUGAGUGUUUUUGGUGUGUGAGUGUGUGUGUGUUUGCUGUGAUACAAAACGGACUAAGGCGGAGGGAUACAGCAGCCUUUACGUGCCUUAUUACAACCAACCAACAGAGACCUCAGCGUGGCGGAGGGCACGAGGAUCACCAGUCGCCUCAAUAUUCUCCGUUUCUACGACAACAACAAAAAAUUAACUCUCCUAUUUCCAUCACAUAUAUAUUCUUUUAUAUUUAAAAGAAGAAAAAGUACAUGUUUUAUUUUUAUAUGGAGUACCCCAAAAAAUCCUGCAAAAUGAAGGACAGCUGUUUUCAAACAGAUGUGAAAAACAGCACCUGCCAGCAGGAACAGGAAGGAUGGAGUUACUGGGACCAUUCUUUUUUUUUAUUUUUCUUGCUAUUUUCUACUUUUUUUCUACUCUAUCUCUCCUCUAGCUUUCACUGCCAAGACAAAUGUGGACGUUUGUUACAUUUAUGUUCUUGAUAGAUCAAACUAAUGCUGGAUUAUCUGACAUUUAAUAUACAGUAUAACGAGGUCAAACUUGGCUGUUUUUUUUGUUUUGUUUUUUUUGACGCUUUCUGAAAUAACUUUUUUUUAUCUGAAAUGACGUUUGUGGGGAUGAUGUUGAGUUGAUGAAUGAUUUAUCCAAAUGAUGAAGGUAAAACAUGAUUACUGA